CUAAAGGGGAGGGAGAACAGAGACAGAGGCAGGGCAAGGGUUUUGUGGGACUGGACAAAACUGUUUGUUCAUGCUUAAAACAUCUGCAUUUCUAUUUAACAGGAAGUGAUCAAGUUACGGAAAGUGUUCUGAAGCCAAGUUACUUCUCUGUCUCUCUUCCCAGAAUCACUUGAUCAACAGAAGAGAAAGCAGCAGGCAAAGAAAAAGACAAAAUGCUCCCUGUUAGAAAGAAGUUUAUUGAGGUUCUGGAAAAGGCAAUGGCAGAAGGUGAAAAGAUGACUCGAGAUGAAAUGCUGUUUACUUAUGAUGGGGUGGUGUAUUCUACUGCUCUUUGCAAUCCAGAGGUCUUCAAUGCUCUUGAGACUUUCGAAGCAAGGAGUGAUGAUGUUAUGCUGGCUGGAUACUGUAAAUCUGGUACUAACUGGGUUGGCCAAAUAGUUACAGAUUUAGUAAUAACAUCGGCAAAGAAGCAUGAACCACACAAGUUCAAUGAAAAACUACUGUUGGCAGAAUUUCCUUACUUCGAAAUUGGAGAUACUGAAAAGUAUAAGAGGAUGAACACCCACCCCUUCAGGAGAGUUAUGUUUACUCACCUCCGUGCUGAUAAGCUGCCAACAUCUGUCUUUGAGAAUAAAGCCAAAAUUCUGUUGCUGCUUCGGAAUCCAAAAGAUGUAGCUGCAUCUUUUUUCCAUUUUUCGAACACUUUUUCUCCAUACCCCCCUUUCGACAACUUCAAUGACUUCUUCCGAGCUUUAAUGGAAGGACAAGUGCCCUGGGGGUGCUACAUCGAAUAUCUUUGUGUGUGGAACAAGUUUGUUGAUAAAGACAAUGUCAUGCCAAUAACGUAUGAAGAAAUUAAAGAGAACUCUGCUGCGGGAGCCAAAAAGAUAGCUGAGUUCUUGGGCCUGAACCUGGAUGACGAAGAGAUUUGUGGUGUUGCAGAAAGAAGCCAGUUCAAGGCUAUGAAGGAGAACUCCAAAACAACUCAUGGUGAAUUUGGAAAUGUCCUGUUCCGAAAAGGUGGUGUAAGUGACUGGAAGACACUUUUUAGUGAAGAAAACAAUCAGGAAAUGGACACCAUAUUUAAAGAGCGUUUAGGAGGAACCAAAGUGGGAACUAAGAUAAAAUAUGACAUUUACUGCAAACCUUGAAAACCUAGGAAGAUCCACAGCAUCCUGGAGGAGCUCAUAAAUAAUCACACGUUCUCUCAGAAAACAGCAAGAAAACAGCAAGAUCUAGACCUUCUUGAAAUGCAUUUAAUAAUAAUCACAUUUUACUCUGUGUGAAAGGGCAAUAGAAAUUAUAUCUUCGUUUUCCUACUAAAACCUCCAGCAUGAUUCAGUAUACAUAUAUAUUGAGACUAUAACUCUAAUCAAUAAAUGCCAAAUUAUUCUUUCAGAAAUAGUCUAAUUAAUUUUAAAGUAUGUAUAUUGUUUCUGAUCAGCAUGUUGUAAUGUUAUUCACAAAAUUCCAGAAGCUAAAAUUGUGAUCUUCUGCUAUACUUUCAGGUCUGCUGAACUAUGUAAAGGAUCACUCAGUAAAAUAAACAAAUGCUUGACAAAA